GCCCAACAGGAAAGCAGGCCCAAGAGAAAAGCAGGCGACGCGUGGCCGCCGACCGACGACCGUCGUGCUCCACCGCCUCCCACAACAUUCGCCUCCCUCUCCAUUUUUUUUCCCGCCCGCCCCUCCUAAAGGCUCCGCCCCCCCACACCACCACUUUCCCAUGGCUGCGCCUGCGACCUCCUACGAGCGCCGCCUGCUCGCGGCCGCCGACCUCGUCCUCUCCGCCGACGCCCAGGAUCAAGGGACCCGCCUCCCGGACCUCGGUGUGACGGCCGACCUCAAGCCGCACCAGCUCCAUGGCGUCGCCUGGCUCAUCCGCCGCUACCGCCUCGGCGUCAACGUCGUCCUCGGUGAUGAGAUGGGGCUUGGCAAGACCCUACAAGCGAUUUCUCUAUUGAGUUAUCUCAAGAUCCAGCGUAUUGCACCUGGACCAUUUCUGGUCUUAUGUCCUCUAAGCGUCACAGAUGGCUGGCUGUCAGAAUUCAGUAAAUUCUGUCCUUCCUUCAGGGUGCUGCAGUAUGUUGGUGAUAAGCUUCACCGGCGUGACCUUCGGAGGACCAUCUACGAAGAUGUACAGAAAGCUUCCACAUCAUCUCGAUCCAACGACUUACCAUUUGAUGUGCUCAUGACAACAUAUGACAUAGCCUUGAUGGAUCAAGAUUUCCUUUCACAAAUUCCCUGGCACUAUGCAGUUAUUGAUGAAGCUCAACGUCUUAAAAAUUCAUCCAGUGUACUGUAUAAUGUCCUUGAGCAACGUUUCAUCAUGCCAAGACGUCUACUACUAACAGGCACUCCUAUCCAGAACAACCUUUCUGAAUUAUGGGCAUUGAUGCACUUUUGUCUGCCUUCAAUAUUUGGAAAGCUGGAUGAGUUCCUUUCUACAUUUAAGGAAGCAGGGGAAUCAUUGACAGUUGAUGAAGCUAAUAAAGCAAAAGGACAAUUCAAGAUCCUUAAACAUAUACUCAAGGCAUUUAUGCUACGUCGGACAAAAGCUUUACUAAUCGAGAGUGGAAUUCUGGUGCUGCCUCCACUAACUGAGCUAACAGUGAUGGUGCCGCUGACACAGUUACAAAAGAAGCUUUACAUGUCAGUGUUGCGGAAAGAGCUGCCAACACUUAUUUCAUUUACUAGAGGAUCAUCUCGUCACCAGUCUUUGCAAAACAUUGUAAUACAACUGAGGAAAGCUUGCAGUCACCCAUAUCUGUUCAGUGGCAUUGAACCUGAGCCUUAUGUGGAAGGGGAGCAUUUAGUUCAGGCUAGUGGAAAGCUCAUUGUCCUAGAUUUUGUCCUGAAGAAGCUCCAUGAAUGUGGACAUCGUGUUUUGCUAUUUGCUCAGAUGACCCAGACACUUGACAUUCUUCAGGAUUUCCUAGAGCUACGCAAGUACACUUAUGAGCGCCUAGAUGGUUCGGUACGUGCUGAGGAACGGUUUGCAGCAAUAAGAAAUUUCAGUUCUCAAUCUACGAAAGGUCUUAUCAGAGAUGAUAAUCAAAGUGGAGCAUUUGUUUUCAUGAUAUCAACUAGAGCAGGUGGUGUGGGGCUUAAUCUCAUUGGUGCCGAUACUGUUAUUUUUUAUGAACAAGAUUGGAAUCCUCAAGCUGACAAACAGGCCCUACAGCGUGCUCACCGCAUUGGACAGUUGAACCAUGUGUUGUCAAUAAAUUUGGUGUCACAGCGCACAAUUGAAGAGGUCAUAAUGCGAAGAGCCAACAGAAAACUUAAGCUUAGCCAUAAUAUUAUUGGAGAAGAGGAUGGAACUGAUGGGAAGGGAGGAGAUCCAGGACAUGAAGCUAGUGACAUGAGAUCAAUUAUCUUUGGCUUGCACCUGUUUGAUCCAGCAGAUACAGCCACAGAAACAAUCAAUGAGGAUACAGCUGCUGAGACAAUCAGUGUGGAGAAACUGGCGAAGUUAAAAACAAUGUCUGAAAAGGUUGUCAUGAUGCGUAGCCAUGAGUCUUCAGAAAAGGACGAACGGGCAUUUGAGAUAAAUCCAAAUAUGACUGAUGACAAUGGAACUGUUAUUAGAAGGGCUUCCGAUUCUAUUCGCAUUGAUCCUGGGCUAAACGAAGCUGCAUACCUAUCCUGGGUCGAGAAGUUCAAAGAGGCUUCCGGUUCUAGUGAAGAUGCCACAGUUGAAUUUGGAAGGCAAAGAGCGGCGCCUGAAGAAAAGCUUCUGAAACGUGAUGUUAACAAGAAAAAAAUAGAAGAAAAGAGAUUGGCCAAAUGGGAAAGUUUGGGUUACCAAACACUAGCAGUUAAGGAACCUGAUAUCACAACAAGCCAGAAUAUUUCAGCAGCAGGAUCCAUCCAAUUUGUAUAUGGAGAUUGUACUGAUCCUUCAAAAGUUUGUCCUAAAAAGCCUGCCAUCAUAUUCAGCUGCAUAGAUAAUUCUGGGACUUGGGGGCAUGGAGGAAUGUUUGAUGCUUUGACUAGUCUAUCGACAUGCAUUCCAGAUGCUUAUCACCGUGCUUCUAAAUUUGAUGACCUCCACAUGGGUGAUCUUCACUUGAUUCAGCUUGAUGCAGAAGCCAACUGUACCCGGAGUUUGGAUGCACCUUUAUGGGUGGCACUAGCUAUCGUUCAGUCUUACAAUCCGAGACGUAAAGUUCCGAGAAGUGAAAUCUCCAUGUCUGAUUUGGAGCUCUGUUUAUCAAAAGCAGCCUUCUCAGCUGCUCCGCAUUCUGCGGCUAUCCACAUGCCCCGAAUUGGUUAUCAAGGUGGCUCCCAACGAUCAGAAUGGUAUACAAUAGAGCGCCUGCUCAGGAAAUACUCAUCUCUCCAUGGAAUCGACAUUUUUGUGUACUACUUUCAGCGUUCAUCCAGACAACAGGCAGAUUCUAACAUAGGUCAUGCUGACGAUUCUGCUCAAAGCAACCCAAGCUAGGUGUAGUUAGGGGUGCCUCUGUAACCCACUAGAUCAGAAGAAUCUGGGAUUAUGUAGCUAGCCGUAAUUCAUCUUUUCUUUUCUCUUACCUGCCCCUUAUCUGUGGCUUAGUAGUACGCUUAGGAAUAGAUGAGCAAGCCAAAUGAAUUAGGUUUUAGGGUUUUGGUUCAUUUAGCUAAGAGGUGUAUGUACAACUGCUGUUUGCAUCGGCAGUCGCUUUUGUUGAAAUCUAUAUAUGGCGUUUAUGUUGCUUGUGAGAUCUUACCAGAUUAUAUGAGUGAUCAAGUCAUGAUAUGCAAUUUUGUCGCAUUGA